AUGACUCUUCAGGAGAUGGUGAAGCAGGCAGCUAGCCUGUACUCAGAUAGAAAAGCAGUUUGGUUUGAUCAAUGCAAUGAUGAACCUCCAACUUUCUACACAUACGCAACACUGGUUAAACUUGCCACGGAGUUAACAGCUUUCCUUCAAAAGCACUGCAGUCACCAAGGAAAAUGUGAAAUAGGCCUUUACUGCUAUCCAGGAAUAAACUUACCCUCUUGGAUCUUAGGAAUCCUUCAGGUUCCAGCUGCUUACUCUCCUAUUGAUCCAGAUGCACCACCAGUGUUAUCUACAUACUUCAUAAGGAAAUGCAAUCUUCGAUAUAUUCUUGUUGAGAAUGACAAAAUAAAGAAAUUUCAAAUGACCCACGUUGGUUGGUUUUCUUGCAAUUCUUCUGCAGUAGAACAUAUGGGUUUAACUCUCUUCCAAACAAGCUGGACCCACACCGAUGUAAAUUCACAAGCAGACAAUGUAAACAGUAAAUAUGAACCUUUCAAGGCUAUGGGUAACUCACAGCCAGGAAAUACUGUUUGCCCAGAGCAACUCAAAGUAAAAACAUCAGAAGGAGGAUACAUGGAUGUUGGCCAGAAAUGCUCUUUAGCAUACGUCUUGCAUACAUCAGGAACUACUGGGACCCCCAAAAUUGUCCGAGUACCUCAUAAAUGUAUAGUGCCAAAUAUUCAUCAUCUUAAAUCCAUAUUUGAGAUCACACAGGAUGACAUGCUAUUCCUGGCUUCUCCUCUAACAUUUGACCCAUCUGUGGUUGAAUUGUUCACUGCGCUGACCAGUGGAGCCUCGAUUCUAGUAGUCCCAAACACCGUUAAAAUGAUGCCUUUGGAGCUGUCUGCUGCUCUGUUUCGCCAUCACCAUGUGACAGUGCUGCAGGCAACACCAACACUUCUCAGAAGGUUUGGAGCUCACAUUAUUAAGUCAACAGUGUUGUCUGCAGAUACUUCACUCCGAAUCUUAGCUCUUGGUGGUGAAACCUUUCCCAUACUGAGUCUCUUGAAAAGUUGGAAGCACCAGGAGAACAGAACAAGUAUUUUUAAUCUAUACGGUAUCACCGAAGUGUCAAGCUGGGCCACUUGCUACAAGAUUCCUGAAGAGGUUUUUAGUGCUGAUUUUAGAACUGAUUUCUCUGUACCUUUGGGAUCACCGCUCCUUGGAACAACAGUUGAGGUCAGAGACGACAACGGUUCUGCAGUUCUAGAAGGCGAGGGACAAGUAUUUAUAGGUGGUGAGGAACGAAUCUGCUUUCUUGAUGAUGAGAUAACUGUACCCCCGGGCACAAUGAGAGAAACAGGGGAUUUUGUAAGAGUGCAGAAUGCACAGAUGGUCUUCUUGGGUCGGAAAGACAAUCAGAUUAAACGUCAUGGCAAACGUUUUAAUAUUGAAUGUUUGCAGCAGGCUGCUGAAGAUCUUUGUCAGGUAGAAGCUUGUGCAGUGACCUGGUACCAGCAGGAAAAACUUAUCCUAUUUGUUGUGCCCACUGGUGAUUUAGAAGAGAGAGAAACUCUUCAAGAACUUCAAAAACGUCUGCCAGCUCACGCAAUUCCUGAUGAGCUUGUACGGAUUAAAUCUUUGCCUUUAACAUCACAUGGCAAAGUUGAUAUAUCUGAACUGAACAAGAUUUACCACAACCAUCUAAACUCCAGAAGGCGUGACAGUAAGCUGAAUGGCGCAGAGGAAUUGUGGGAAAGAUUGCAGUAUUUAUGGAAGUCUGUUCUGGGUUUCCUAGGUGAUUCCAGUGGAAUUUCUAGAGACGCAGUAUUUCUUCACAGUGGUGGAGACUCCUUAAAGGCUCUUCAAUUUUAUGAUGAAAUUGAGAUGCUAGUAGGCAGAGCUGUGCCUGGACUCCUGGAAGUUAUUCUCAGCCGCACGAUCGAACAGGUUUAUACACAUAUUCUUAAAACCGUGUUUCCAGAUGAAGACCAACUAACAAAUAAUGACAAUGCUUUGAAAAGAAAACUAAGUGGGAAUGAUGGAGAGGAAAUCCAUGGAAAAUAUGGUAAACUGAAAUCUGAAAAAAAUCUUGAGGUUGUUCCAGGAUUAAUUUCAUUUAUUGCGCUGAGCAGAGGAAAUCAUUUUCUUUCUAUGAAUUUCACCAAGUCUUUAAUGCAAGCCAAUAAUACAGCACAGGUCGGAGUGGAACCACUACAACAACCAUCCCUUCUGCAUUUAGCGACUCCAAGUAUAAUGAAAAGCCAUGUGCAAGGGCACGAAAUGGAGAAAAACAGAAUUUUAACAGUUAACAACAUGGCAAGUAAAACUGACUGUAGCUCUGUGCAGCAACUCCACGCAGAAUGUAGUCAUGUAACAACAGCAGAGUUGACAUUAUGCAUAAGAUGGAAGUCAAAUACAAGAAAAUGUGUUGAUGCAUCGCCAUUGGUUAUAAUACCUUUUAAAGAUGAAAUAUCUGCAUCUGUAUAUGUUGGCUCUCACUCUCACACAAUGCAGGCCAUUGAUCUAGAUUUGGGAGAAAUAAAGUGGGAGAAGACCCUUGGAGAUCGCAUUGAAUCUUCUGCCUGCAUAUCUAGGUGUGGGAAUUUCAUCAUUGUUGGCUGUUACGACGGCUUAGUGUACGUGCUCCAAAGCAGUGAUGGAGAAACCCACUGGACUUUUGUCACAGAAGAUACCGUGAAAAGCUCUGCAGUUGUAGAUCCUUCCAGCGGGCUAGUCUACAUAGGAUCUCAUGACCAACAUCUGUAUGCUUUGGAUAUUUAUAAAAAGGUGUGUAUAUGGAAAUUGCAUUGCGAAGGUGGAGCUGUGUUUUCCUCUCCUUGUCUAAGUUCUUUUCCACAUCAUGUUUAUGUUGCUACACUAGGAGGACUCUUACUGGCUGUAAACCCGGUGACGGGGAAUAAGAUUUGGAAAAGCUUCCUGGGAAAACCACUUUUCUCCUCUCCUCACUGCAAUGAGAAGUGUGUUUGUAUUGGGUGCGUGGAUGGAAACUUGUAUUGUUAUACUCAUUCUGGAGAAAAGGUUUGGCAGUUUCCCACUAAUGGACCGGUGUUUUCAUCUCCAUGCAUCUCAACUUCAACUAAGCAAGAAAUAUUUUUUGGCUCCCAUGAUCGCUUUAUCUACUGUUGUAAUAUGGAGGGUAAUUUACUGUGGAAAUUUGAAGCUACUUCAAGCGUUUAUGGAACACCAUUUGUUUUCCAAAGCGAUGACUUAAAGAACAAAAUCCUUUUGGCAGCAGUAUCUACAGAUGGCACAGUGUGGAUCCUGAAUGCCAAGAGCGGAACAGCAGAAGGGGUAGCUAAGCUUCCAGGAGAAGUUUUCUCUUCCCCUGUAGUAUGGGGAAGAAAGCUUGUUGUUGGCUGUAGAAAUGAUUAUGUUUAUUGCCUAGAUUUGUGUAUAACAGGAGAAAAAGAACAAGGCUGUUAGGCUGUUACCUUUGUGUUGUUUACAUGUGUACAUUAAGAACUCACAGGUGCUGUCUACCUCUCCGCCUGUUUUGCUGAAGACAAGAGAUGCUCUUUGCAGACUUCUCAGGUAGCAUUUUGCACCAUGACAACAGCCAGAGCAGGUAAGUGAUGCUCGUUGACUUCCCGUACUGACUGAAGGCUGGCUGCUCAGCACCUAGCCCAAAGUUUCACUGUCCCUCCCUCACUUCCCAGCUCAGAUUCAUGAAAGAAAUGGUUUCAAAUGGUUUGGAUGUGAGUGUUGUGCUUUUUACAGGUAUAGUAGGAAAUUAAUAGGUAGCAGUUUGGCUUCAAGCACUUAGACAAUUGGGAGAAACUGGGGUAAGGUGCAGUACUGUGCGACUUGAAUUAACGUGCUUGUCUUGGUGAGGGAGGAACAUGUUCUUUCCUAGGAUCCAGACGAACUUCUCCCCUGGGCUCCUUUCAGCCCAGCCUGUGCCUAGCUCUUCCACGCAUCAGGCUGCUGUUUGUCUGGUUUGAGUGGGUUUCUAUUCCGUGGCAAGGUAACCAAAGUCCUUUGUUGAUUCUAACUUUUAAGAUGAUUUCUGAGGACAUAUCCUGCAUUCCAUGGACUUGGGAGUAAUGACUUUUUGUUAUAGUUUGUAUAAACUACAUAAUUAAUCUUUUGCAAGCCUGAGCCCUCCGUGGCAUCAGUUCAGCCAGGCAUAUACUUUUAAACUCCAUUAAAGUCAACACGAGUUACUUCCUCUAUUCUGAAGUGGAAAGGUACUUUGCUGUGUAUAUUUAUUACAUUGCAAUGCCAAGUUACUGUAUGAGUUCCAAGGUGAAGUGUAUAGUGUUCAAGUCAAUGCUUGCCAAAUCAUUUUUGAAGAAAUUUGAAUUAAUGCUCUUUACAGUGUAUUUACAGAAAACUAUUAAUAAAGGAUUGUGUAGA